GAAGGGUCGAGGUAGCAGAUAAGUCAACAAACAGAAAGUCAAGAUUAGAAAGACAAGCAGUCUAGUGGACAACUAGAAAGAAAGAAAGCUCAUUUGUUUGUAUUGAUCAUGUCUGACUGCCUUUGCUGUAGCCGCCAAACAGCAGAAAGGGAAAAAAGGAAACAUAAAUACACACAGGCUAACAUACAAGAUGACAUUCUGCAGAGGGAGGAUGGCCCUCUGUGUGCAGCAGAAAUUGGCUCUGAACUCCAGAAACAGUUUGCCAUCCUGCCAGGGGGCCGCGGAAUAAAUGGCAGCCCUGUCAUCUUCUUCCCUGAAUUCCCAACUUUUAACGAGCUGGAGGAGGACGAGAUCCAAAAUGUCCUGAGCUACCUCACGAGUGUCCCCAGUGUUGCAGCAUCAGGAGUGGGUUUCAUCCUGGUCAUCGACAGACGACUGGACCGAUGGGCCGCUGUCAGGGCUACCCUGCUCCGCAUCGCAGGCUCAUUUCCAGGGAACUUGCACUUGGUUCUGGUGUUACGUCCCACUACGUUGCUCCAGCGGACACUGUCGGACUUCCUGUUCAAGUACAACAAGGAUGAGUUCAAAAUGAAGGUGGUGAUGCUGAGUUCGGUGACUGAGCUCCACGCCUAUAUUGAUCCAGGACAACUGACCACAGAGCUAGGAGGAACACAGGAAUACUGCCAUGACAGCUGGAUUUCACACCGCACUGCCAUCGAGGCGUUCGCUCUCAUGGUGAAGACCACGGCCCAGACCCUGCAGGCGUUUGGCACUGAGCUGGCAGAGACAGAAUUACCCAACGAUGGCGAAGCUACCACAAACCUGCUGCACACACACAGUCUGAAGAAGGAUAAAAUGAAGGAGGACCUGCAGGUUGCGCUGUCUCAGGGGGGACGCCUGCUGGAGUGUAUCAACGAGCCUCUACAGACAGACCCCGAAUACAGCAUGACCCACGAUGAACUGGAAAACUUAGCUACUGUACAGAGACUCCUGGGUCAGCUGGAUGAAACAGAGACAGCAUUCGAUGAUUUCUGGGAGCGUCACCGCACCAAGUUGGAACAGUGUUUGCAGCUCCGCCACUUUGAAACGCACUUCCGUGAAGUGCGUGCCCAGCUUGAUGUCACUCUGGAGCGGUUAUCGGGCUUUUCUGAGGUCAGCGUAAGCCCUGUUCAUGCUGAGCAUGUUCUCAGAGAACUCAGCGGGCAUGAAGAGAGGGCCUGUGACGUACUAGACUAUGCCAUAUCCCUGGCCAACGAAGGUGACAGGCUGAUAGAAAACUCGCACUAUGCUGAGGACUCCAUCAGACCGAAGUGCAGUGAGCUGAGAGAAGUGUGUGAGGAGAUCAGCUCCACUCUGAGGAGCAAGAAGAGCUUCCUGCUCCGGGCGAUGGAGCUGCACCACGCUCUGGACAAGGCAUCACGGUGGUGUGAGGAGGGUAUCUUCCUGUUGGCUAGCCAGCCAGUAGACCGCUGUCAGUCUCAGGAUGGAGCUGAGGCAGCUCUGCAAGAACUGGAGCGAUAUCUUGACACUGCACCACUGCACACCGUCACUGACCGCAGCGCCAUCUGCUGCCAGUAUGAGGCAGUGCUCAAUUCUCAGCUCAGGGACCAGAUAGAUAAAGUUUUCCAGAAGCAAAGCUCUGUCCAGGAGAUGUUCGAGAAGAGACGCAUCAGCCUGAAGAAACUCGCCGCCAAACAGACCAGACCAGUCCAGCCAGUAGCACCAAGACCUGAAGUGAAGUCUCCACAGUCCUCUCCUAAUCAACAGAGAAAAGAGAGGAGAAACUCUGCAGAUAAUGUCAUCUGCAAAAAGGUGGAGUCUCCCUUACAUAACGGUGGCACCAGACAUGCUUCUCUGUCAGAAGAAGAAGAAAACCUGGCAGUGCUGAGGCGCCAUGUAAUGAAUGAACUGCUAGAGACAGAGAGAGCAUAUGUGGAGGAGCUACUGUGUGUGCUGGAGGGUUAUGCAGCAGAGAUGGACAACCCUGCCAUGGCUCACCUCAUCCCCAGCACGCUGCUCAGUAAGAAGGACGUCCUGUUUGGAAACAUGUCUGAAAUCUACCAGUUUCAUAAGAGGACGUUUCUAAAGGAACUGGAAGCGUACACCGACUGCCCUGAACUAGUGGGCCGCUGCUUUUUAGAAAGGAUGAAGGACCUGCAGAUCUACGAGGCUUACUGCCAGAAUAAACCUCGGUCAGAGAGCUUGUGGAGACAGUGCUCUGACUGUGCCUUCUUCCAGGAGUGCCAGAAGAAGCUGGAACAUAAACUUGGUUUGGACUCCUACCUCCUUAAACCUGUCCAGAGAAUCACCAAGUACCAGCUACUGCUGAAGGAGAUGUUGAAGUACAGUAAGCGUUGCAAUGGCUGUGAUGACCUACAGGAAGCUCUCUCCUCCAUUCUGGGGAUCCUGAAAGCUGUCAACGACUCCAUGCACCUCAUUGCAAUCACAGGAUACGAGGGUAACCUGUCGGAGCUGGGUCGUCUGCUGAUGCAGGGCUCCUUCAGUGUGUGGACAGAGCAUAAGAAAGGUCACGCCAAGGUAAAAGACCUGGCCAGGUUUAAGCCUAUGCAGAGGCACCUCUUCCUGCACGAGAAGGCCCUGCUCUUCUGUAAGAGGAGAGAGGAGAACGGGGAGGGCUACGAGAAAGCUCCGUCUUACAGCUUCAAACACUCUCUCAGUAUGAGCGCGGUGGGCAUUACAGAGAACGCUAAAGGAGACAACAAGAAGUUUGAGAUUUGGUGCAACUCCAGAGAAGAAGUCUUUAUAGUUCAGGCUGCAACACCUGAGAUCAAAACAGCAUGGGUGAAUGAGAUCCGCAAAGUUCUGACCCAACAGCUCAAAGCCUACAGAGAUGCAAGUCAACAGAAGAGCUCCGACUCUGUUUCCCCAAGUCCCACCUCCAGCUCCCUCAGUCCCUUUCGUAGCAGCAAUCAGAAGAACCAGAAGAAGCAGGAGGAGAAGAAGGUGGAGCCGAACCCAGCCUCGGACACUAACUCCUCUUCUUCACCAAAACACAAAGAUGAACCGGUGACCAGUCCGACCACUGAUAGGUCAUCAGUGGCUAAAAAGCGUUUUACUUUGCAGGGCUUCAGCAAUCUCAAGAGUCCGAAAGGCUCAGCCCUUAGCCCCGAGCAUGGCUCCAAACGCCACUUGGUCAAGAGUGACCCCACCCCAUUUGGGUUCAAAGGCUGGAACAAGGCGUCUCUCUCGGUCGAUGCCUCAGAAGAGAAUGAUGGGUACUCCAGCGGCGAGGACCCUAUGAACUCUGACCCUGAUGAUGAAGUUGGAAAGAAGCUGGCUCCAGGAAAGUAUACAGUGGUUGCAGACUGCGAGAAGGCGGGACCUCAGGAGCUGUCUGUCAAGAGUGGAGAUGUGGUCCAGCUAAUCAAAGAAGGAGAGGAGGGACAGUGGUUCGUGAAGAACCUUCGUAGCAGUAAGGAUGGCUGGGUGGCGGAAGCAAACCUCCUCAGCCUCAUCUCAGAGUCCAAGUCAUCCCAAUCACUCAGCAGCUCAGAUGACAGCGUCUCUGGGAACCUCAGCACUUCCUCCAGCUGCAGUGAGACUUACACCAGCUAUUCUGACAUCAAACCCUGACCUGCCAUCAAUCGCUUCUCUGGCUCUAUCUCCCACCAGCUUAAACCAUUUCCAGGUGGAAUUGCAAAACUGGAAGUUGACUCUGACAGGAAGACAGAAUCGAAAUGUUCCUUAGAUCUCACAGUUGGCCGCAUCCAACCGAAAACCAAAACUAUCACUGCAUCUGCGAAUGUUACGGGCUGAGUGUUAACAGCACCCACCUUCUCUGGAUAUUUACAGUCAUCUGUCGAUCUAUUUGUAUAUGAAAAAUAGCUUAUUUUCCCCAGCAGUAUUAAACUAUCCUUUGUUUUGUUUUUUUAAACAAUCAGAUUGAUAUUGAAUAUCAGCUAUUUGCAACUAUGAUUCAAAACUAUCAGCAUGCUGCUAGUAUUAUAAGUGUAGAUAUUUUCACAGUUUAUUUCAGUGACAGAAAAACUCAGAUAAUAAAAACAUCAGGGAGAAAUGAUCAUGUGAUCUGUCACCUCCUGUUAGGCCUUCUCUUAAAAGUCACACUCUGUAAACUGCAGUACAGAGAAAAGCUGAAUGUCUUCAGUCUAAUAACUCACUGAACAGUCCUUCAGUGAUAGCGUAGCAUUAAAGUGGACAAAUUCAAACAUCUGCACUAAAUUCAAGUCGAUGACAUCACAGCACAGCGACAGAUUCUCUUGUGUGAAACCUCUGCGGAUACUAUCAGACUGGUAUUUCACAUGAUACAUCGGUUUUAGUGUCAGACAUUAAUUGUACACUGUGAAAACUGGCAGCUGGCUGCAACAAGGAAAAAAAAUGCUUUCAGUGCGUCUUGGAGUAUCACUGCGCAGGCCAGAUGUUCAGGCCAUGUUACUGUAAGUCUUGUAAUAUUUUUGUACGUGGGACAUGAAGUGUGUUGAAUCCCGGUAGUGUCUGACAGGCCAGUGGUGUCAAAGAGGGUUAAUAUCCAUUCAAGAUUGCUUUACUCAUCCCACAUGAGAAAGAGUGUUAAUAUAAGCUUCCCUUAGCUUUAUGGUAUUAACUUCACCUGAGACAUAAGGUCAAAAGUGUCACUUGAUGAAUGUCUUAAAUGCAGAUGAAGAACAUAUACAACAGACGUCACACUUUUGAGACCGUCACCAACAGCACUCCUCCUUCUUUUGAUUGAGUGAUUGUCUAACUCGCCUCUAAACUGCUCUGGAUUUCUCUCUCAGGAAGCCCUGGGAGUUGUGUGGGCAGGCAGGUAUGACUACAUGCCUGCUUGUGUCAACUUAAUGUGUUUGUGUGUCUGUACAUUCUUGCACAUGAUUGUGCUUCACAACAAAUCCAACAUACUUAUGUCACAAACACCCAGAAAGGCCACAGAUAUCAGCUGAAACUGUUUUACAUGCAAUGUCCUUUUUAGGGAUAUUUUAGUUCAAUUGUUUACCAUAUGUGUGUAAUGAGAUAUAAAUUAUCAUAUGCAUUUACCUGCUGGGUUAAUUUCUAAUCAGGUACAUUGUAUUGAUAUUUUGGUAAACUUUGGUCAAACAAACAGCCACAGUGUCACAUAUAUCUCAAUAUUCUGCAUAUUUAGACAGUCUCAUGGCUGCUCUGCUUACCUAUCUUUGGUCUGCGCUGCUGGAACAAAAGCAGGCUUUGUCCCGUCACUCUGCUCACAGCCCCACUCAGGCAUGUGACAGUAGCCACUUCUCUGCAAGCAGGGCUAACCAGGGCCCAGACCUGCUCGACAUGUUUGCACCACCAGCCUGAGAGCAAUAUUUGUUUACUUGACAUCGUAAUGUAGCUGAGUAACCGUCAUGUUGGGUAACACAAAAAAAGAGAGACAAAAGUCUAAUUUUAGGCCCAUAGUGGAAAUGAGGAUGUUGAUACAGCUUGAUAGUACGACUCUGAUAACCAGCCAACACACACACACACACACACACACACACACACACACACACACACACACACACACACACACACACACACACACACACACACACACACACACACAGAACUUGUGCUAUUCUGAACACUGAAUGACACCUCCUCUUUUACCUUGUUUUCCAAGGGUAAACAUGUUUUUUUUAUAACCCAUGAUUUCUACUGCAUCCACAAGGCGCACUGUAAAAUGAUCUCCUCCUUUUCCCAUCUUUAAUGUUGAAUGUGUGACCAUGUUAUUAAACAGAAAACAUACCAAGUGCAGCACACUGCUGCACUAAAACCAGCCCCACCUGUUUAUUACUUCAAAUUAGCUGUAUUUGUCACAUGGCUUAACAGAGUCAUGUGUAUCACCACUGUGGUUUUGUGAAAUUCGGUCCUGACUAUGAUCUGUGCUCUUGACUACUUUAUCUUGCUGUUUUUCUUUUUUUGUGUUGAGAACCUCUUCUCAAAUUCUUAAACGCAUGUCUUCCCUGAGAAAGAAAAGAUUCUUCUUCAUAAAAAAGGAAGAAACUAGUUUACAGGCCUUUUUCGGUGUCAAACUGUGAGCUAAACCAGAGAGUAAACUGUGGCUGGCAUUAUGUGUUGAUCUGUGUAAGCUCUGUAAGACUGAGAAAAUCUAUGUUACAUAUGUACAAAUGUGUCCUCUCUAUACCUCACAUUGUUUCCCUCGAGAGCAUGUAAAUUGUGAAGGGGAUUGUUCUUGUGAGUCUCUUUGUCUCUCUGUAUAUCACUCUUUGUGGCAUAUUCUUCAUAGCCCCAAUUUUAAGCCUCUCUUGUCAAAGCUCUGACUGAACUGAAGUCAAAUUUUUUUACCAGGCAUUGUUGUAUAUUGUGAGAGUUUAUUUUCUGCCCUCUUAAAGAAGCUGACACGGGCACUAAACUUGUCAGUGUUUCAAUCAUGGUCACACAAUGAAGCUGAGUCAUUUGUACUUUUGACUUGGAGGCUAGAGAGAUGAGAAGGGUUAUAUUUGUUAGUUCUUUUUAUGCAGCACAUUGCAGCAAACCACUUUCUAUUAUUUUCCUAUUGUAUAUCUACUGAGUAUGGUGUUGAUAUAAAGAUAUUAUAAUGAGACAUAUCUGUGUAUAUUUGUAAAUAUGUAAUUCUGAAUUGUAUGUAAAAUGAAAAGCAGCUUUAAUAAAGUCUGAGAUGGUUUCCUCUA